GGGGGUUGGGAAGGAAGAGAAGAGCAGGCGGAGGAGGCAGCGGGCGCAGGCCGGAGAGAAAGGCGAGAGAGAAGGAGGAAGCCAGCAUCGGCGGAAGCCUCCCCGCUUCCCCCAGCCGCCUCGGACAUCGGACUCUCUUCUUCCCCGCUGGGCGGCUGGUGCCGGCUUCGCUUCUUCUCGCCAUGUCGGUGAAUAUGGAGGAGCUCAGGCACCAGGUCAUGAUCAACCAGUUCGUGCUGGCUGCGGGCUGCGCGGCCGAUCAGGCGAAGCAGAUGCUGCAGGCGGCCCACUGGCAGUUCGAGACCGCCCUGAGCACGUUUUUCCAAGAAACAAACAUUCCCAACAGCCACCCUCAUCACCAGAUGAUGUGCACACCUAGCAACACACCUGCUACACCACCUAAUUUCCCGGAUGCCUUGGCCAUGUUCUCCAAGCUACGGGCCUCGGAGACCCUGCAGAGCAGUAACAGUCCCAUGACAGCCAUGGCUUGCUCCCCCCCUGCAAACUUCAGCCCCUUUUGGGCCUCUUCUCCACCCAGCCACCAGGCAGCCUGGAUCCCACCUUCUUCCCCCACAGCUCACGGCCUACACCACCUCCACCAUCCUCAGCCCACGUGGCCCCCUGGGGCACAACAGGGGGGUUCCCAGCAGAAAGCUGUGGCUGCAAUGGAUGGGCAGAGAUAAGACUUUGUGCUGCUGGGGCCCGGGCUGGGGGUGCAGGGGCUAGAAGUGCUUGGGGUAGGGGUGGGUGCAGAGAAG